CCGCAUUAAUGGAAUGAACUGGCCUUCUUCUUACCCAUCCCUCCUCUAACUCAUUACAUUUCCCACUCAAAACUCCACCAAACUCCACCAUGCCGUUACCGAAAGAAGAAUACCUCAGCGCCUCGUGGAAGGAUGGCAUUUUCGCGAAUAAGGUCGUCUUCUGUACGGGAGGCGCGGGCACAAUCUGCAGCGCACAAGUGCGUGCUCUCGUACAUCUAGGCGCCAACGCCUGUAUUAUCGGUCGGAAUGUCGAGAAGACCGAGAAGGUUGCCAAAGACAUUGCGACCGCCCGCCCUGGAGCCAAGGUGAUCGGCAUCGGAGCCGUGGAUGUGCGAAAGGUAGAGAGCCUCAACGAUGCCGCCAGCCGCUGUGUCAAGGAGUUGGGGGGCAUCGACUAUGUUAUUGCUGGCGCAGCCGGCAAUUUCCUGGCGUCGAUCAACCAGCUGUCCGCCAAUGCUUUCAAGUCGGUCAUCGAUAUUGAUGUCCUUGGGUCCUACAACACCCUAAAGGCGACGCUACCUUACUUGGUGGAGUCGGCAAAGAAGCACAGCAUUAACUCGGAUACACUCAAACCAUCUCCGCUGGGUACCGGAGGCCGGAUCAUCUUUGUUAGCGCCACCAUCCACUAUAGAACCAUGCCAUUCCAGACGCAUGUGUCGGUUGCCAAGGCCGGCGUGGACGCGCUGUCGCAUAGUGUGGCUAUCGAAUUCGGGCCGCUGGGGGUGACUUCGAACAUCAUUGCACCGGGUCCGAUCGGCUCGACGGAGGGCAUGGAUCGUCUGCUGCCGACCGAUAACAAGGAGGCCUAUGUCAAGUCUCAGCCACUGGGGCGGCUGGGCUCCGUGCGCGACAUUGCUGAUGCCACUGUAUAUCUGUUUGCUGACACUGGCAGCUAUUCGAUGGGGCAUCAUGGCGCAUGACGGCCGGGGGAGCCGCUCAGGGCGCUCUUCAGUAUCCCGAUUUCCUCCUGUCCGGAGAUGCGGUACCU